CAACACUACACUGCACUAGAACUCUACGAUUUUUUUCUGUCGGCAAAUUUUUGUUUGCCACAAAAUCGUUAAAAAAAGGCCUUUUUGGGGGUCAGCCAGAGGCCCGCACCUGUCUGCCGGCACAGCUAGAGCACCAUCAGCGCCCAGGAUCAAGGUCAGCCGCCCGAGAAACGCCCGCGCAGCAAUCCGCGACCCGGAAAAUAUGGAGACCCGUCGUGUCAUUUGUUUAUGUCUGCUGCUCAUUGCCAGCUGCUACGUGUCGCAAGCGGACGAGCACAACCACAAGUACAAUGACCGCGAGGAGGUGGUGCUGUGGAUGAACACGGUCGGGCCGUACCACAACCGGCAGGAGACUUACGCCUACUUCUCGCUACCCUUCUGCAGCGGCCAGAAGGCCUCGAUCUCGCACUACCAUGAGACGCUCAGCGAGGCGCUGCAAGGCGUCGAGCUGGAGUUCAGCGGCUAUGAGAUGGAGUUCAAGAGCGACGCGGCACGCUCCGUCAUCUGCAUGGUCACGCUGGAGGAGGAGAGCACCAAGGCCUUCACCUAUGCUGUGAAAAACGAGUACUGGUAUCAGAUGUACAUCGACGGGCUGCCCAUUUGGGGUAAGGUGGGUGAGCGGGACGAGCGCGACGGCAAGUGGUACAUCUUUACGCACAAGAAGUUCGAUAUUGGCUACAAUGGCCAGCAGAUCGUAGAUAUUACACUCACUACGGACGGCCGGGAGGAGCUCAAGACGGGGGCGCACAUUAACUUUUCGUACGAGGUCAACUGGAAGCCCAGCAAGGUGGAGUUCAAGAAUCGAUUUGACAAGUAUCUGGAUCCCAACUUCUUUCAACACCGGAUUCACUGGUUCAGCAUUUUCAACAGCUUCAUGAUGGUCAUCUUUCUGGUGGGCCUGGUUUCCAUGAUUCUCAUGCGAACCCUGCGCAAGGAUUAUGCCCGCUACAGCAAGGACGAGGAGGUGGACGAUAUGGAGCGUGAUCUGGGCGAUGAGUAUGGCUGGAAACAGGUGCACGGCGAUGUUUUCCGCUCGCCACCCAAUACCCUGCUCUUUUCGGCCUUGGUCGGUGCUGGUUACCAACUAAUUUCCGUGGUUUUUUGUGUGAUUAUGUUUGCCAUUGUCGGUGAAUUGUACACUGAACGUGGCUCGAUGCUGUCCACGGCGAUCUUUGUUUAUGCUGCUACCUCUCCCAUUAAUGGUUACUUUGGAGGAUCCCUAUAUGCCCGCCUGGGUGGACGAAUGUGGAUCAGACAGAUGCUGACAUCCGCAUUUACUGUUCCAGUGGCUGUUUGUGGCACUGCGUUCCUGAUCAACUUUAUUGCCAUUGGCUAUCAUGCUUCGAGGGCCAUUCCCUUUGGCACUAUGGUGGCGGUGACUUGCAUUUGCCUAUUUGUAAUCCUGCCAUUGACUUUGGUGGGCACUGUGGUUGGACGCAAUUUGGAUGGCCAGCCGGACUUCCCUUGUCGAGUAAAUGCCGUGCCACGACCAAUACCCGAGAAGAAGUGGUACAUGGAGCCGCUGAUCAUAGUGCUCCUUGGCGGUGUUCUGCCAUUUGGUUCCAUUUUCAUUGAGAUGUACUUUAUCUUUACCUCUUUUUGGGCAUACAAAAUCUACUAUGUCUAUGGCUUCAUGUUGCUGGUGUUCAGCAUCCUGACUGUGGUCACCGUCUGCGUGACCAUUGUGUGCACAUACUUCCUGCUAAAUGCGGAGGACUACCGAUGGCAGUGGACGAGUUUCAUGGCUGCAGGCUCCACAUCCAUUUACGUCUAUGCCUACUCAUUUUACUAUUUCUUUUUCAAAACAAAAAUGUUUGGUCUAUUCCAAACGGCCUUCUACUUUGGCUACAUGGCUCUCUUCAGCGGCGCCCUGGGCAUUAUCUGCGGCACCGUCGGCUAUGUGGGCACGAAUCUCUUCGUGCGAAAAAUCUAUUCCAAUGUGAAAAUAGACUAGUAAGAGCCCUGCCCUACCCCAGAUCUGUAUAUCAUCCUAAUCGAUUUACACUUGUAUUUAUUAUUGAGUAGAGUUUUGCGCGUUUACUUUUGCUCUCCCCUCUGAUCUGUGUUUCUUCUCACUUCUCAAGUUCGGUGUGAAAAUGAAUGCCAGUCUUAUGUAUUCGCACCAAAGAUUAAUAUUCAAUUUAACGACGUUUACGGCGAGGCUUAUGCAUAACUUUAAUAGUGUUUUCUUUUAGAAAUUGUAAGACAAUUAACUUGGAAUCGAAUUCUGUAAACAAUAAAAUUAAGAUAUUGAAUUUUAAAUUAAAAUAUCAGUUUGUUGCAUUUAAUUUUUUAACCUUCAAACUAGAAUCUCCCCUUUUCCCAUAUUAAAAUUCUCAGGUUUCCCAGCAAUUAGUUCAAUUAACUCUCUUUCCAAGUUACUCUCUUACAGUUCCAAAGAUCAUUAAUGUAUGCUCGUGUGCCGUACACAUCAAAUAAUAUGAUUUGCAUUGUUUUGCCUAGAAAACUUAUCAAUCUAUGCAAUUGCAGAUAAAAUGUGACUUGAACUUGUUUGCGCCAAUUAAGUUUUUAUGUACGAUGCAAGAAAUGUGCUGAUUAGCCAUAGUCGAUAAUCUAAUAAUAAAAUUCAAUAUAUAAAACCAAA